UCUCCGUACACCUUCGACAGCGAUUUCUGAGCACUGUAUUCAAAUUGUUAGUUAGCUAGCUACGCAAGCUAAUAUUUAUCUAAGCAGUGUAGCUAUGUACAAAUGAAAAUGUAUAGAAUAUAGUAACCUGAUAAUAGUUGUUACCUAGGUUUUGGCACUAUUGGUAGCUAAAUUAGCUGGUUAGUUUAGCUAGUUCCGUCUGGCUUCAGUUGUGUGAUUGAACGACGUAGCCAGCUAACAAGGGAUUUAAAGUCGAGCGAAGCAGGAAGCAGCUUUUGGAGGACUAUUUCAAAGAGAUUGGACAUUGGCGAGUAAUAUGCUCGGAAGCGGUGGAUGGUGUGCUCGCCUUCUGAGUCUGACAAGUAGGCCGCUCCGUCAGCCUCUCCUGUGGUGACCGCGUUGUUUUGGGUCGGCCUCUGGGAUUAGAUCCUACGUCCAGGGUGGAGGUCCGAACAAAGGAUCCGCUUCGGGAAAGUCUUAUUCCUGGUCUUAAUGUUGGUUAGGUUGAUCCUGGAUGCCAGGCUACGGAACCUUCCGCUACAAGACAUAUGUAAACAAUGGCUCGUUGCCGGACGAAGCAUACCGUAGCCCUUGGAGGAAUAAUUCAAGUCCACAGAAGUCAGGAAUCCCAGACACUACUACUGUCCGGGGACGUUACAAGGCCUAUGGUCUUCUGAAGAGCUGCUGGCCUUUGGACUGUGAUGGAAAAUCGUGGUAAGAAAAAUGAUGAGGUGGACUUGCAGCAGAGUACGACAGGGAGUGAGGGGGGGAACUCAUCAGGUGGAACCCCUCCCUCCAAACGCAAGGGCAAGUUCUCCAGCUUCGGGAAUAUGUUCAAGCCCUGGAAGUGGAGGAAGAAGAAGAGCAGUGAGACGUUUCUGGAAACCUCAAUAGUGUUGGAGAGGAAGAUCUCAGUAAGGAGACCUCGUCAGGAGCUGAUCGACAGAGGAGUGCUGAAAGAACUCCCAGAGAAUGAGGGCAACGAUGUGAACCAUUCCAAAGGUCUGGUGGUGAAGAAUGGCCAGCCAGUACCUAUGGAUGUUGACCGGGUCUCAGAGUCGGGGAUCAAGGUGUCCCGGGGGGAGGCAGGCCCAGGGCUUAACCCCACCUGGCUACCCCAGGGAGAGGACGCACAGCGGGGCAGCGUCCCUUCAGACGACCCCCGGAGCAGGAGCCGGGUGCCCUCUGACGCCUCGCGCUCCAACCGAGCCCCACUGGACGUAGACUCACACGCCAGGCUAUCGGUCAUAGAUCUGGAGAGACGGAGUAGAGUGCCGUCUGACAUGUCAGAGAGGAGAGGAGGGUCACUACUGAGAGGACCUGCUCCGGAGGAGGGGAGGCAACGGAAAGAGGAUAAAGAGGAGAAAGAGGACAAGAGAGAGGAGAGGAGAGAUGGGAAAGAGGACAAGAGAGAGGAGAGGAGAGAUGGGAAGGAGGAGAGGAGAGAUGGGAAGGAGGAGAGGAGAGAUGGGAAGGAGGAGAGGAGAGAUGGGAAGGAGGAGAGGAGAGGUCCUCGUGAUGAGAGGGAGGAGAGAGAAAGAAAGGAUCGGUGGGAGAGGGAAGAGAGCGACAACAGGGAAAAGAGAGACUGGAGAGAGGAGAGGGAAAGGAGGGACAGAGAUGAUCGAGAGAAGAGAGAAGAGGGGGAGAAGGAGGACAAGGAGAGGAGAGGAGAAAAAGAUGACAGAAGAGAGGGAAAAGAGAGAAGAGAUGAUCGUGAGAAAAGAGACGACAGGAGAGAUGACCGGGAAAGAAAAGAUGACCGGUACAAGAUAAUCGUUCGUGAAAAGCCAGACGAAAGGGGGGAGGAGAGGGAUAGGAAGAGGAGUCCUCCUAGGGCUGCUAAACCAGAGACCCUCUUGAGACCUAUAGAAGAGUGUCGUCCUGUGGUCAGACUUCACUCUGAGAUGGAGCUAAGGCAGAGUCUCCAGAAGACCUCAGAGGACCUCCGUAGCAGGGUCCGCCCUGCCUCUGAGGCUUACCGCGGGAGCACCCUGCCCAGGUACAUGCCUUCUGAGGAGACCAAAGGAGGGGAGACCCGCGGACGAGCAGAGUCCACUGGUGUCCGCUUCGCCCCUGGCCACACCCCAGAUCCUGACUCCUCCCGUAGAGAGCCGCCUCCUACUAAACAGGCCAUGCUCCCUCCUAAGAGCCACCCCACUAUCACCACCUCCACGGAGCCUGUCCGGACCUCCACCCCACCCUCCUCCUCUACCUCCCCUGCUGUAGCGGUGGCCAAGCCCGCCAGGACUGUCUCCCUGGUCAUCAGUGAUGACCCUCCUCCCACCCACUCCAACCCUGUUCCCCUUGUACGGUCCAGCCAAGUACCCCCCUCCUCCACCACGGGGGAAUCGGCCACUCCUCCACCCGUACCCCCCCAUGCCAAGCAGCCACCUGUACCCCCACCCAAACCCACCAACCGCAACAGCAACCCUGCUCUGCUUGGUGAGUUUACCCUGCCUCUGCUUGCGGAGCUCUCUCAGGCUGGCAGUGGUAUCAUUGUUGUUCCUGCCCCCACCAGGCGCUCUCCUCCCACUCCGCCCAAGAGGAUGACCCCCGUCACCAAGCACCAAUCUGGCGACCCGUCCCCUGAGCCGGAGACCUCGGGCCCCUCUGGUUCUGUCCCAGUCCCCAUACCUACUGUCUCUGUACCCCCCAGCACAGACCGAGACGGCACCAGGGACACCCUCAGAGCAGUAGGGUUCCAACUACCCACCUCUGACCCUGCACCAGCACCCCGACCUCUGUCCCAUAUACCUACGUCCACUCCCAGCUCCCACCCCCACUUACCGCUCCCCAACCCUGCCUCCGCCCCCCUCCCGGUCCCACUCCCCUUCCCUCAGAAGGACCCUCCCAGCCCCACCACAGAGCCGCCCAGCCACCCCCCAGCCUCAGUCCCAGCCAUCCCCCUUCACAUCCUGAUCCAGCGGGCCCUGUGCUCCCCCAGCCCGGCUCAGGCUAAACCAGAUGGGUCCCAGAGAGCCCACUCCAUGCUGUUUGAGUCCCCCCCAGAGUUCCUCACUGAGGCUGGAGGCCGACGCUCCCUACCCGUCACCAUAGAACCCCUCAGACUACCUGAGGAUGAUGACUUUGACAUGGAGGAGGAGUUGGAGAAGCUUCAUCCCAGACGGAUGCUGCCCCCCAGGCAGCCUGAGCUGGAGCCCAGGAGCAGGAGGGGUCUGGUGGUCGAUCCCAGGGUCAGUGUAAUCCCAGAGGGCCGGGGGCCCGGAGACAGCAGUGAGGAGGAUGAGGAGACAGACUCUGACGGACCCAUCCUCUACAGAGAUGACGAUGAAGACGAGGACGACGAUCCACCAAGUGCCUUGGCCAGCCGUGUGACAAGGAAGGACACCCUGGCUCUGAAGCUGGAGAGACAGCAGGAGAGAGAGGAGCAGGAGGGAGGAGAAGGACAAGACGGAGUCGGCUGGCAGAGCAGGGAGCAGUGGGAGGCACUCAAGAACAAGAUCGGUACCACGCUCAACAGGAGGUUGAGUCAGAGACCCACAGCAGAGGAGUUGGAGCAGAGAAACAUCCUUCCAGCCAGGAACGAAGCUGAUAUCAGGGCAGAGCGGAGCGAGAUCAAACGCAGACUCACCAGAAAGCUCUCCCAGAGGCCCACCAUAGCAGAGCUUCAGGCCAGGAAGAUCCUGCGUUUCCAUGAGUACGUAGAGUGUACCACGACUCAAGACUACGACCGCCGUGCAGACAAACCUUGGACCAAGCUCACUCCCUCCGACAAGGCUGCCAUCCGCAAGGAACUGAACGAGUUCAAGAGCUCUGAGAUGGAGGUUCACGAAGAGAGCAGGAUCUAUACCAGAUUCCAUCGGCCUUAGCUGUUCUCCCUGGCCCGGCUGCAGAACAAGUGCAAUACUGAGCCGGGGGGUUGCAGGACUGCAAUACGGAGCACACAGACCCCUGGUGACUGCAAUUUCCACAGCCCCCUGUCCUGGCACAAGCCUGUUCCUCUCCUGUAAGGAACACUGUUGAUGGCUACAUCUGAAACUACGGACUAGAGGUAUAGCCUGUCUGUAACCAUGGACUAUGGAUGUGGCCCCUCAGUCCAUCCAGUCAUUGUUAAAACAAGGGACUAUGGAUGUGGCCACUCAGUCUAUCCAGUCAUUGUUCAAACCACAGACUAGAAGUGUGGCCUAUAGAUAAAUGACUUGCAUCUAAAACCAUGGACUAGGGAUUUGGCCUCUUGGCCAAACCACUUACUGUUAAAACCAUGGACUAGAGGUGACCUCCAUCGGCCCAACCCCUUGCAUAUGAAUCCAUGGGACUACUGGUACUACUGUACUCCAGCGUUGAUCUGUCGGACCAGACAACCCACAGGGAGAGCUGGAGAAGAACUAGCUGGACGAGGUAUAGUGGUUUAGGCCUAUUUCAGUUGCCAUUUUGUAGGUUCGUUGUGCCAACACUGACUAUCAGAAUAGGAAGGACAAGAGGGACAGACGGCGAUUGUGACAAAGGAUGUCCUGUUUUGUUCCACACAUCACCUCCAUUCUCUGUCGUUCCCUAAAGCAAGAAUGUUCCCAAGAGGCCUUUACUGUACCUGGUUUUUAGAGUUCCUUCAACACUUUGCCCUAUUUUUAUUUGAGAACAGAAAAUAAUUGUAUACGUGUUGAUUGUUGAUCAUGACGAUGGUCAACGUUAGUACACGGUAGUAUUAAUGAUUUAUUGUUCAACUAAAUGUGAUACAGAACUUUGUUAGACUACAUGACGCUGGUGAAACCCUCAAACGUGUGUUUAUGGGUACCCAAUGGUACCGACCUUAUUUCUAAUGGGACAAUACAUGGAGUGGUACGGAAACUGUAUGGAGUAAAUGUGAAAUGGCUAUAGCUAGCCUACAUGUCGGUGAUGGGUUUAGUUGUCCAACCACAAGACAUUAGUUAAAUUGAAACUCAAAUGUAGUGUCUGCUAGUCAGCUAUCUAGCUGUGUUACAUAGACCUUAUUCAGCAUCGCUCCAUUUUCCCAAACACAAUGAUGUGCAUUUUAACUGUGUUCUGUUGAUUAUCUAAGUGAUUUUGUGACAGCCCAUAAUAUAAGCUGACUAAUCGUUUGUUCAGCGUAGUAAUAAGGAACCAUAUUGUUAAAAUGGACAUUUAAAGUAAUAAAAAAUAAGGAAGUUGUACAAUUUGAAACGUUAGAACUAAUAUAAUUUAAGACACAACCUAAAGCUUACAUACACUAUAAUUAUUUAACGGUUGGUGUUGAAAGACUGCGGCAGGAACAUGGAUAUAUUUUUACUUCACAUUGUUUAAUGUUACUUUGUGUAUGUAGGUCAUUGGUUGGCCUCAGCUGUAUAGACUUAUCCUGUAGAUUGAUUUAAUUGACUUUAUAUUAUGUCUUCCUAAUGUUAACACAAAUUUGUUUUUAAAUGUAAUUAAAGAGUUACAACAGUGCUAUUUUCUAAUAAUGUUACAGAAAUUGGUACCGAAACAGGGUUCCCUUAUUUUACAGAUGUUUUGUUUUUUAUAAAGAGAUCUUUAAAAUGAUUUGCAAACCUACUGUAUAAAUGAAUGGUCAACUCGCACUCAAAUUAAAAUAAAUGGUUUAUCAUCCUAAA